GCUGUUCUGUCGGACGGUGCUUCACACAGGUGGUACUUUCAUGAUCAGAUAUUCCUCCAAAUUCGUCCUAAAUAAUUGUGGAGAUCGAUGAGUGUAUAAUAUUCCUCAUCGAUUUAUGAUUAUGAUUCCCCCUGCCGUCUUCUUCAUCUUCUUUCUCUUCGUCAACCCCUCCAUCGAGUCCAACGUUUCCAUAUCUAUCACCCCGACUGUUCUUUCUAAAUCCGGCGAUUCCGUUCAAAUCCAAUGGUCCGGCAUUGAUUCUCCUUCAGAUCUUGACUGGCUCGGUAUAUAUUCUCCUCCCGAUUCUCGCAAUGACCACUUCAUCGGCUACGUCUUCCUCAAAAGAUCACCCACAUGGCGAUCUGGGUCGGGUUCGAUUUCCCUACCCCUCGUCAAUCUUCGAUCCAACUACUCAUUCCGGAUCUUCCGUUGGUCACGCUCCGAGAUCAACCCAAGGCGCCAGGACCACGACCACAACCCCUUGCCCGGCACGAAACACUUGCUGGCUUCCUCACAGGAGCUCGCAUUUGAACCGGGUCGGGGCCCAGAACAGAUCCAUCUGGCAUUCACGGACAGCGACGAUGAGAUGCGGGUCAUGUUCGUUAGGGAUGCGAAAGAGACGUAUGUGAAGUACGGGGAGAGUGAGGAUAAACUGGGCAGUGUGGCGUUGGCUCGUGUGAGGAGGUACGAGAGGGAACACAUGUGCGACUCGCCGGCCAACCAGACGAUCGGUUGGAGGGACCCUGGGUAUAUUCACGAUGGGGUUAUGACGAAUUUGAAGGAAGGAGUGAGGUAUUAUUAUCAGGUUGGAAGUGAUAGUGGAGGUUGGAGCAUAACACAUAGCUUUGUGUCGAGGAAUAAGGACUCUGAUGAGACAAUAGCUUUCCUCUUUGGUGACAUGGGAACCGCUACACCAUACAGGACAUUUGUGCGAACACAAGAUGAAAGCAUGCUAACCAUGAAGUGGAUCCUACGAGAUGUUGAAGCUCUUGGUGACAAGCCUGCCUUUAUCUCACACAUUGGAGACAUUAGCUAUGCAAGAGGUUAUGUGUGGCUGUGGGACAAUUUUUUCGCUCAAAUUGAACCUGUUGCAUCCAAAGUGGCCUACCAUGUUUGCAUUGGUAAUCAUGAGUAUGACUGGCCUUUGCAGCCAUGGAAACCUGACUGGGCUGGUUAUGGGAAAGACGGGGGUGGUGAGUGUGGGGUGCCCUACAGUUUAAGGUUCAACAUGCCUGGGAACUCUUCUGAACCCACAGGAACCAAAGCACCGGCAACUCGAAAUCUUUACUACUCGUUUGAUAUGGGAGUGGUACAUUUUGUGUACAUCUCAACAGAGACUAAUUUUCUUGCUGGGGGCAGCCAGUAUAACUUUCUAAAGCAUGAUUUGGAAUCAGUUAAUAGGAGCAAGACUCCUUUUGUUGUUGUUCAAGGGCACCGUCCCAUGUACACAACAAGCAAUGAAAAUAGAGACGCGCCACUGAGGAGACAGAUGCUUGAGCACUUGGAACAUUUGUUGGUGAAUAACAAUGUCACCCUUGCUCUCUGGGGACAUGUUCAUAGAUAUGAGAGGUUUUGUACACUGAAUAAUUUCACUUGUAUCAGCACUGAUCAGAAUGGGGGAAAUGGUACUGUUCAUGUUGUAAUUGGCAUGGCAGGACAGGACUGGCAACCAAUCUGGCAACCUAGACAAAGCCACCAAGACAUGCCAAUCUUUCCACAACCAAAACAUUCUCUGUACCGAGGAGGUGAGUUUGGGUACACCAGGCUGGUUGCGACAAGGAAGAAGCUUGUGCUUUCCUAUGUAGGAAACCACGAUGGCAUGGUACAUGAUAUGGUGGAAAUCUUGGCACCUGCAGAAGUUGUUGAUGACGCUGGGGACGCUAGUGGUGUCAAUGGUGAGAAAGAUGGUGGUCAGGCUGUGAAAUCCAGUAUGUCUCGCUACGCGGAGGGAGCAAGUGUGUUGCUGAUUGGGGCCAUCACAGGCUAUACCAUUGGUUUCCUUACUCACAGAAGAAAGAAGCCUGAGACCAAAAAUGAUUGGACUCUUGUGAAGACUGAGGAAAGGUGAAGAUUGCCCCACCAUUUUGUGCAGUUUUUCCUCCCAAAUAAGGCAUGCAUGUUCGAAAGUUCAGACUAUGAGACAGAUCCAAUGCUAUUUUAUUGAUUUUGGCCCUGAGCUGCGAUAUGAUGUAGUUGCGGACUUCUCUUAAAUAUAUAGGCAAUUUUUCUCACUAUUUGGGAAUUGGGAUGUUCAUAAAUCUCCCUUUGGGAUCUGUUUUAAUAUGUAAUUCUGGUCAAUUUUUCUUAUUGUUGUCAAACUGAGGUUUCGAUGUAUAUAUGAGGAGUCAUGACGGAACAAAUAAAAUUUGUUAA